ACCCCCAAAUUCAUAUCAUAUAAGGCAAAUUUAGGACAUAUAAAGAUAGACAUAUAUCUAUAUAUAUAUAUACACAUAAUAGCCUUUUGAAUAAUUUUAUCGUGUGUAAUGGCACAGUGGGGAAUCAUGGAAGCAGAAGAAGGCUGGAGGAAGGGGCCAUGGACUGCCGAAGAAGAUCGACUUCUCGUCGAGUACGUAAAGCUUCACGGAGAAGGCCGAUGGAACAAUGUGGCUAGGCUUGCAGGUUUGAAGAGAAAUGGGAAGAGUUGUAGAUUGAGAUGGGUGAAUUACUUGCGACCCGAUCUUAAAAGGGGCCGGAUAACGCCUCAUGAAGAGAGCGUUAUCCUCGAGCUUCAUGCUAUAUGGGGAAACAGGUGGUCGACUAUUGCUAGAAGCCUUCCGGGAAGAACAGACAACGAGAUCAAGAACUAUUGGAGAACUCAUUUCAAGAAACGGGGGAAAUCCUCGUCCCAAAACGCUGAAAAAACACGCGCCCGUCUUCUCCGGAGGCAACAAUUCUUCCAGCAGCAGCGCCAACAAGAUCAACUAAACGCCGGCAAAACCGACCUCAGAAUGGCCGCGGCAGCAUUCAAGCAAGAGAUGGCGGCGUAUCCGGUUGUCGCGGACGAAGAAGCGAUGUUUUGCUCGACGGCGGCGAUCAAUGCGUACGCCGCCGCCGCUACUGUCGGUGAUCAGGCUGAGGACAUGAUCUUCAUGUGGGAUGGCCUUUGGAACUUAGAUGAUCAUCUCCAUGGAAGCAUCACAAACAAACUUGCUGAUUGUUACACCAAUUUCUACUGAGAUUUUUGCAACUUUUUUGAUUUUUUUUUUGCACCAGAAAGCUUCCACUUUUGUAGUUUGAACUAAAAAGAUUGAAAACCAAAGAAGGUUUUCAAGUAUUAGGAGAAAUAAAUAAUUCCAAGUGUUUUUAA